AUGCGGGCACUUAUUCAACGUGUUCUUCGAUCUAGUGUUAAUGUUGAUAAUCAAAUCAUUAAUAGUAUUGAACGUGGUCUUUGUAUAUUUAUUGGUAUUCAAUCAGAUGAUGAUAUAUCUGACCUUGAAUAUAUCGUCAAAAAAAUCUUGACUGUCAAAUUAUGGCCAAAUGGAGAUAAACCAUGGGCACAAUGUGUUGUUGAUCUUGAUCUUUCAUUGCUCUGUAUCAGUCAAUUUACAUUACAUGCUCUUACAGCCAAAGGAGCACGGCCUGAUUUUCAUCUUUCAAUGUCAUCGGAACAAUCAAAACAAAUGUACGAAAAAUUACUUAAUAGACUAAAACAAAAUUACAAGUCAGACAAAAUAUUCGAUGGAUGUUUCGGAGCUUAUAUGACAGUAGCAAUAGAUUACCGAUAUACCGAUCAUAGUUCUUAUUUUAUUGUUAGUGCUUUUUUUGCUAUAUUUCUUGCAAUACUCAAACCAAUAAUGCUUUUAUUAUUAAAUAAAGUCGGACAAGAUCGUCUUGGUGAUGCAUCGUCACCGACGUUCGAAGGUUGGGAUUCUAAUACAAGUCCUGUGACAGGAUACAUGCCAGUUGACGAACAACAAGCUGCUUAA